UUUAUUUAUUUUCUUUUCAGGCACAGGGGAAAUAGAAAAAAAUCACAUCAAUCAGACAGGAGUUGCUCAACAAGCCGGGACCCAAAUUCCUCGCAGGGAAGUUUGCAAACAUCCUUGUGCACGGUGUGUUCCAUAUUUCGCUACACCAUUCAUUGUCCACGCUGUGCACUGGACCCAGUUUACACGCAGUAGGACCAGUGAUAUGAUUUGCGUAGCAUUUUUCCGCUUGCCGAUAGCAAGAUAAACCCGUCCGUUUAUCGUGGUAAAAAGCCCAACAUUCAGCAAAAAAGAAAACGCGAAAAGUAUUCUGUUACAACGCAUACCACGACACACUGCCAAUCGCAUGUAUACCACCUUCGUGUUCAACCCGCCAGUUGCCGGAUCGUAAAACAAUAAGCAUGUUGCUAACACUCGGUACGCACACACUGCUAACUAUUUCCGGCCGUUCAGCGCUGCCGGGGUUGGUGUUGCGCAUCGCUUAUCACCGCUCGCUGUACCUACCCCGCAGCUGCAUCGGCCGCGGUACGCGCGGAUCGCUUCCAGGGAAUGCGCGACGUCUGGGUACACCUCGCCUUCCGUACGACACACAACCAUGGUUCGGUCGAAACCAAGUUACUGCCGACGCACUGUUGCCAUCCGCCAGUAUCGGUAGCUAUCAACGACGCUAUUCGUCCAAUCUGAAGAAGAAGCAACCGCGCGUAGUCGCCGUUAAGUCGGUCGAGGGUUCCGAACUGCUGCAGAACGUGCUGCAAAAGAACAAACAGCUGCUGCAAGAAAAGCGUGAUGUGCUCGUACGCGACAUCCGUGAGCGUAAGGAGAAGGUAAAGGAACGCGUGGAGGAAGUCAUCGAGCGGGAAAACAUUGCCACCGUACCGAACCUGUUGUGUAUCGGGCGCAUCGUUGCAUCGCCCUAUCUCGGCUACGUGAUCGUACAGGGUGAGUUCCGGCUAGCGAUGGGUAUGCUGAUCGUCGCGGGGCUAACCGAUCUUGCCGACGGAUUGAUUGCACGUCACUGGCCCAGUCAGGCUAGCCGGCUCGGGUCGUUUCUCGAUCCGAUGGCGGACAAGGUGCUGGUCGGAUCGCUCGUUAUCGCGAUGUCUUACAUCGAUUUACUCCCAAUGUGGCUCACCGCCAUGAUAUUGUUUCGGGAUGUGUUUCUUAUCGGUGCCGGUUUCGUCAUACGCUACAUCAGCUUACCGCAGCCGCGCACCCUUUCCCGGUACUUUGACGUGACGCACGCAACCGCCCAGCUGGCGCCAACUUUCAUCAGCAAGCUGAACACUGCCGUACAGCUGGUCACUGUUGCUGCCACGCUCGGUGCACCAAUCUUCAAUUACGUCGACCAUGCGUACCUUCACGGGUUGUGGUAUCUGACCGGGUUUACCACCAUUGCGGCUGCCGCUAGCUACCUCACCAGCAAGGACACGUACAAAAUACUACGCAAAAAAUCGUAGUCGACGAUACGUACACGCAGCCACGGUGUGUACCCUGCCCGCAGCUCCUGUCUUCAUUUGUUGGAGUUAUCUUUUCUUUUCUUCUUAUUGUUGUUUGACUCCCAGAAACAAAAUCCUCCCCCUAAUUCAGUGCCGUAUAAACUACCCACGGUAGACACAGGUUUUGGUCAAAAAAUGUAAAUAAAUAAAGAUAGUUCCUCAU